UGUUGUGUCUUAGCCUCGGUUCAUGCUUAUGCUAUCUCAGUUCAUACUGAUGCUGUGAAAAGAGAUAUUGUAUUCCUGCUGGAUGGUUCUGAUGGCACAAGGAGUGGAUUCCCAGCAUUGCGAGAUUUUAUUCAAAGUAUAGUGGGUAAACUAUCUGUGGAGGAGAACAGAGACAGAGUUUCUGUGGUUCAGUACGCUGACAAACCAGAGGCCCAUUUCUAUCUAAACUCUCACAAAACAAAGGAUGCCAUUAUUAAUGCCAUAAGUAAAAUGAGGCACAAGGGUGGAAGGAGCCUAAACACUGGGGCAGCUCUCCAGUUUGUAAGACACCGUGUCUUUACAGCCUCCUCUGGCAGUAGACGACUGGAAGGUGUGCCCCAGAUUCUGAUCCUUUUGACUAGCAAGAAAUCCAGAGAUGAUGUUAAGGGUCCUGCUGUAGCUCUUAAAGAUCUGGAAAUUGUGUCAUUGGGGGUCGGAGUUGGGGACGCCAAUGUCCGUGAAUUGGAAAUGAUUUCCUUCCAACCUGGUUUCACAUACCAGGUCACCGAGUUCUCUGAGCUGCCCACAAUCCAGCCACAGCUUGUUGCUGUGCUUAAAAGCCUGUCGAAAGACACCGAAGAAUCAGUAGCUCCUGGGAUUCCUGAUGUGACACCUGGGAUUCCUGAUUUAGUAGGUAAGAACUUCAGAUUGGAUCUGAGUAUGCUAAAUACAAUAUAUAUACCAUAUUCUUUAUCUUUGGAACAAUGCUGAAGUUGAAGCAUUGUAAAUACAUAGAUACCUAAGCCUUUGGUAAACAUAGUCUCAGUAGAGUAUUUCCUGCUAUGUCGAUACAUGUUAUGCAUUUUGGUGAAAGAUGCUAGUAUUUGGUUGCAUGAUUGAAAAAAUAGUAUUUUUAAAUGUCUUUAUUCAGAGUAUUUAUUGGCUUUUUAUUCUCUUAAACCAAAACAAUUUCCCCCCAUUUCACUAUGUUCUCUCUCUUUAUCUCUUACCUCAACCAUGUAUGGAGAAACUAUACCAACUUUUUUUGAAAAUAUUAUUCCUUGUUGUUCUGCUUGUGAUGAUACCUUUCAGAACAGUAGUUUAGUGCUCCCAAAACCUGCAUACACUACUCCAGAUUAUCAUACACCCUUGCAAAUAUGCAUGUGAAUGUGUAUUGAGACAGGCAACUAACCACAACUGUAAUUUUGCAGUCAUUUCUUCUGUCAGUGAUAUUUUUCCACUGAUAUGCCUGGUGUUCAGAUUCAGCUUCAAACAUUCCUAACAAUGUUUAAUUUUUUAAAACAUUUACAUGCCUUUUAAUUUUUUUUCAACCUUUAUUUAACUAGGCAAGUACGUUAAGAACAAAAUCUUACUUACAAUGACGACCUACAUGCCUUUUCUAUAAUAUAUUUGUUAGUCAAUGUAUUCCAUUUUUAUCUAUCUUCACUACCUACUUGAUACAGAGAACAUCAAAAGGGAUAUAGUGUUUCUCCUUGACAGUUCAGAUGACUCCAGAAAUGGAUUGCCUGCCAUUAGAGAGUUUAUACGAAGAAUGGCCAAUGAACUUGACAUUGAUGGGGACAAUGUUCGAGUUCCUGUUGUCCAAUACAGUGACGAUGCUCUGGAAUACUUCCGCCUUAAAGCUCACAAAACCAAAAGGGCUGUCAUCUGCGCUGUUAGAAGCCUAAGGCAUAAAGGAGGAAGACCCCGCAACACUGGAGCAGCUCUUCAGUUUGUUAAGGACAGUGUUUUCACUGCCUCGUCCGGGAGUUGGCAUCUGGAAGAGGUUCCCCAGAUUUUGUUUUUGUUAACUGCUGGAGAGUCUAAUGAUGACUUCACAGCUUCUGCAUCUGAUCUGAAACAUCUUGGGGUUCUUUCUUUUGUCAUUCGGAUGAAACAUGUAAGGCAAGAGGAGCUUCGAUGCAUUGCCUACUCUUCCAGAUUUAUUUUCAACCUACCCGUCUUUGGUGAACUUUUGUCCAUACAGCCGGAGAUCCUUGCCUUUGUCCAAUUUGUCCAAUAUACACCUACUCAUAAUUAUACAAACACAACAUCAGAGAUGGUGCUGGGAGGGUUACUGUUUUGCAAAGACAUUUCUAUUGGCAUACAAAUUCCAAAUCUCCGCUUUCUUGUUCCACAUUCCAGAAACAUCAUGCUUUUCUUGAUUGUUUAAAAUCAGGAAACUGUGCUUUUCUGGUCCUUUCUGUUUAAGCUCUCUCUUGAACCAAUUAUACAGUAUAUCAUUGUCUAGUUGAUUUACACUAGUUUAGAUUAUCCGCUGUCUUAAGCAUACCAUCUUCGUCUUCCUUCAUGGAAGGAGUGUUUGAUUUCACAUCUUGACAUAUUUUUCCUGAAACUGAAAAUCUCGCUCUACAAACUUUCUUAAAUAUUUUGUCAUUUGAGACCUUUUUAAAUCCCUUUAAUUUCACAUCCUAUUUCUUUGUAUUGUUGCAUUGAUGACCAUGGUUACAAGGCUUGGCAAUAUUUAUAGAGCUUAUGUAAUGACCUGAAAGUCAUCAUAGUUCAAAUAUAUAUAAUGGAUAAUAUUUCUGACCAUGUGUUUACUACAUUCUAUUGAUAUGCCGUCCUUGUGCAUGUAUAUCUGCCUGGCCUAGUAUCUGUCAUGGUUUUAUUAUUAAAUUAUUAUUAAAUAGGUCAUUCAAUGUUCUCUUUUGUUGAAUUAGAUGCUGCACAGAGA